GCUGCGGGUCACCCAGAGCACGGUAGAAAUGCGUUUCUCUGCAGAAGCCUCCCCGUAAAGAGUUGUGGGAAGCCGCUGUAGGUGAGGGGAGCCCAGGUCUCCGCUGAGACCUCUCAGCCCCCUUGGCCGGCCCUUUCGGCCCCGGGCUUCACAAUCCCCGGAUUCCUGAGCUCGCCCCAGAUUUGUGUGGUGACAAAGUAGCUGGUGGCUCUUGUCAGCUUGGUGCGGGGAAGCCCCGCCAACUCCGUCCAACUUCUCCAGAGCUGUCAAAUGCGAUGAGGGUGAGUCGACCAGGGUUCCUCUAACCAAGUCAGCCUCUGCCAUUGGCUUCCAUCCUCCCUCAUCUUUUCACUAACGCCCCUCCCCCGCACCUCCUCCGCUGCUCCCCCCCACCUCUGAAGACCUCUAUUCAUGUGGCCCUGAACACUGAGCUCACAUUGUCAAGAACGGAUCUGCCUGCCCUAGGAGCAGUAGCCUCCUUCCACCUCACCAUCCCAGAGGCAGCAAUCAUUGUGUCCACUAAGAUGGGGGACACAGCGCCCCCGCAGGCUCCCACAGGAGGGCUAGGGGGGGCCCCUGGGGCGGGGCUCCUUGGAGGGGGCUCAGUCACCCCAAGAGUGCACAGUGCCAUCGUGGAGCGCCUCCGGGCUCGGAUCGCCGUCUGUCGCCAGCACCACCUGAGCUGUGAAGGGCGCUAUGAACGUGGCCGAGCCGAGAGCUCAGACCGGGAAAGAGAGAGCACCUUGCAGCUCCUGAGCCUUGUCCAGCAUGGCCAGGGCGCAAGGAAGACUGGCAAACACACCAAGGCCACCGCAGCGGCUGCCACCACCACAGCCCCUCCGCCGCCCCCUGCCGCUCCUCCUACAGCCUCCCAAGCAGCAGUGACAGCAGCCCCGCCACCCCCACCAGACUAUCACCAUCACCACCAGCAGCACCUGCUGAACAGUAGCAAUAAUGGUGGCGGCGGUGGGAUCGAUGGGGAGCAGCAACCACCAGCGUCAACCCCGGGGGACCAGAGGAACUCAGCCCUGAUUGCGCUCCAGGGUUCCUUGAAAAGAAAACAGAUCGUUAACCUGUCUCCUGCCAACAGCAAGAGGCCCAAUGGCUUUGUAGACAACUCAUUCCUUGAUAUCAAAAGAAUCCGUGUUGGGGAGAACCUCUCUGCAGGACAAGGGGGCCUCCAAGUAAACAAUGGACAAAGUCAGAUUAUGUCUGGGACCUUGCCCAUGAGCCAAGCACCUCUGAGAAAGACUAACAACCUGCCUCCCCAUGCACAUUCUCCUGGGAAUGGCAUAUUUAACAUGGGUUUGAAGGAAGUGAAGAAGGAACCAGGAGAGACUCUAUCUUGCAGUAAGCACAUGGAUGGCCAAAUGGCCCAAGAGAAUAUUUUUUCUAAUAGGUAUGGAGAUGACCCUGGAGAGCAACUGAUGGAUCCUGAACUGCAGGAACUGUUCAAUGAACUGACCAACAUUUCUGUGCCUCCUAUGAGUGACCUUGAGCUGGAGAACAUGAUCAACGCCACCAUAAAGCAGGAUGAUCCAUUUAACAUUGACUUAGGUCAGCAAAACCAGAGGAGCACUCCCAGGCCCUCCUUGCCUAUGGAGAAGACAGUGAUCAAAAGUGAAUACUCGCCUGGUCUGACCCAGGGCCCAUCGGGCUCUCCUCAGUUGAGGCCCCCAUCAGCUGGCCCUGCAUUCUCCAUGGCCAGUUCGGCCCUGUCCACUUCAUCCCCAAUCCCUUCAGUUCCUCAGAGCCAGGCUCAGCCCCAGACAGCCUCAGGAGCAAGCCGGGCCCUGCCGAGCUGGCAGGAAGUAUCCCAUGCCCAACAGCUCAAACAGAUAGCUGCCAACCGUCAACAGCACGCCCGGAUGCAGCAGCACCAGCAGCAGCACCAGCCUACCAACUGGUCAGCCUUGCCCUCUUCUGCUGGGCCGUCUCCAGGUCCAUUUGGGCAGGAGAAAAUCCCCAGCCCUUCUUUCGGUCAGCAACCAUUCAGCCCACAGGGCUCUCCCAUGCCUGGGGUAGCCGGCAGCAGCAGCCAGUCAAAAGUCAUGGCUAACUACAUGUACAAGGCCAGCCCCUCGGCCCAGGGAGGGCACCUGGAUGUGCUCAUGCAGCAAAAGCCUCAGGACCUCAGUCGAAGUUUUAUUAACAGCUCACACACGGCCAUGGAGCCCCGUCUCAGCAACACCAAGCCUUUGUUCCAUUUUAACUCAGAUCAAGCAAACCAACAGAUGCCUUCUGUUUUGCCUUCUCAGAACAAACCUUCUCUCCUACACUACACCCAACAGCAGCAGCAACAGCAGAGCUCGAUGUCAGCUCAGCAGCAGCAGCAGCAACAACGACAGCAGCAACAGCAGCAACAGCAGCAGCAGCAACAGCAGCAGCAGCAGCAGCAGGCACAGCAGCCCCCAGCCCAGCCCACCCAGCCUCUUCCAAGCCAGCCUUUGCUGAGGUCACCCUUGCCGCUUCAGCAAAAGAUCCUGCUUCAGAAAAUGCAGAAUCAGCCUGCCACAGGACUGGGGUACCAAGUCUCCCAACAACACAGACAGGAUCAACACUCUGUGGUAGGCCAGAACACAGGCCCCAGUCCAAGUUCCAACCCCUGCUCAAAUCCAAACACUGGAAGUGGUUACAUGAACUCCCAGCAAUCACUGUUGAAUCAGCAAUUGAUGGGAAAGAAACAGACUCUACAGAGGCAGAUCAUGGAGCAGAAACAGCAACUUCUCCUGCAGCAGCAGAUGCUGGUGGAUGCGGAGAAAAUUCCUCCACAAGAUCAGAUAAACAGACAUUUGACAAGGCCACCCCCAGAUUACAAAGACCAAAGAAGAAAUGUGGGUAACAUGCAACCAACUGCUCAGUACUCUGGUGGCUCAUCAACAGUGAGUUUAAACUCUAACCAGACUUUGACAAACCCAGUUUCAACACACACCAUUUUAACCCAGAACUCCAGCCUCAUGUCUACGUCCCACGCAACGAGAAUGCCGUCCUUGUCCACGGCCGUGCAGAGCAUGGGGAUGUAUGGAAGUCUGCCUUGCAGCCAGCCCGGCACCUACAGCGUCCCUUCAGGAAUGAAUCAGCUGACCCAGCAGAGAAACCCAAACCAACUGAUAGCAAAUCAGAACAACCCCCUCAUGCCACGGCCUCCUGCCUUAGGGCCAAGUAGUAAUAAUAACGUGGCCACUUUUGCAGCUGGACCUGUUGGCAAUUCACAACAACUGAGACCAAAUUUAACCCAUACUAUGGCAAGCAUGCCAGCACAGAGAACGUCGAACGUAAUGAUCACAUCCAACACAACAGCACAAAACUGGGCCUCCCAAGAAGCGACAGCCAAACAGCAGGAAGCCCUGAAGUCCGCGGGAGUCCGCUUCCCCGCAGGGACACCUGCACCGUAUACUCCAAACCAGUCAUUGCAACAGGCGGUGGGUGGCCAGCAGUUUUCCCAGAGGGCAGUGGCUCCUCCUAAUCAGAUAACACCAGCAGUGCAAAUGAGACCUAUGAACCAAAUGGGCCAGACUCUGAAUGGACAAACCAUGGGGCCACUCAGAAGUCUGAAUCUCAGACCCAAUCAGCUGAGCACACAGGUUUUGCCUAAUUUGAACCAGUCAGGAACAGGGUUGAGUCAGCCAAGGACAGGCAUAAGCCAGCCACCCUCUCUGACACCUGGCAAUUUUCCGUCACCCAACCAAAGUUCCAGGGCUUUUCAAGGAACUGACCAUGGCAGUGACUUAGCUUUUGACUUUCUCAACCAACAGACGGAUAAUAUGGGCCCUGCCCUAAACAGUGAUGCUGAUUUCAUUGAUUCGUUGUUGAAGACAGAGCCUGGUAAUGAUGACUGGAUGAAAGACAUCAAUCUUGAUGAAAUCUUGGGGAACAACAACUAAAGGGGAGAGGGGAGAUGAUUCACCAACCCCAAGCACUAAAAGGCAGUAUUUUACAAGGACUCUGGAAAAGCCAACUGUUGACUUUUAGUUGACCUACAUAAAGAUACCGUGGCUUAAAAAUGGAAAGCAGAAAGUAACCGUGGUGGUGAAUGUUUUGGUCCAAAUGCUUGUUUUAAAUCUCAAACCUGACAGUAAAACAUUGGGAUCACUUUUCCCUGUCUAAACUCCAGGACACAGUAUCCAAUUUAUCCAAACAGAACUGCGAUGUUGAUGUGUAAUUAGCUGUGUAAAAUAGCCUUCCCAAGCUCCUUUUCUCCCCGAAAGAAAAUACAACUUUUAGCUUGUUUAAACCCCAUGUCAUGCGGAAGUAUUAGUUCCAGGCAACGAGCAACAAGCUCCUUAAUUUGUUCUAAUAGAUUUAAGUGUGGUUUAAUCUUUCCACUUUAUCUUUUCAUUUUAGUUUUCCUAAAACUUUCUAGAUUGAAGUGUUCCAGGUUUCUCUGGAGUAACCAAACACUGUCCUGAGUGAAGAAAAGCCGGAGAACCUAGAGAACAUGCAGUGAAUGGAGGAAUAUCUUCCCCAGGUUCACCCCUCACUCUCAGUUUUCCCACAUAUCCUGUACUUCAGUAAGAUGCUGUGUCUAGUGAUGAGACGCUGAAAUGUGAACACAGAGCUGUCCAACCCUAUUGGGCUUCCACAGCCAGUUUCUGAAUCCAUGUUCAGGACCUGUCGCGCGUGUCUACUUCAGAUUUCACUAUUUACAAAAGAAAGCACCCCGUUGGGCGUUGCUAUAAAGGAGAUUUAUUUGGCCACAAAUAACCUGGGGUGUUGCUUAUUGUGAUGGUCCCUGCUGGUUAGUUCCCAAACUGAGUGAAAUUGAGUCUGGUCCUCCUGGAUUAUUUUAAGACCAGACACUGAUUUGUAAGAAAAGGAAGUUUUGAGGUCAAAACUGAGAUUAGGAGGUAUCAUGUUUGGGUUAGAGAUAAGAAACAGAAGAUCGGACCAGGGAUGGCGAGUACGUGUGGGUACACGUCUGUGUCCUGGGGCUCGAAGGGAAGCAUAAUUGAAGAGGGAAAAUAAGCUGUCCUUACAUGGACAUACUUUGCGGGGAAACAGCUAAGUGAAUGGAAUGUGAUCUGUUGGUAACAGUCUAUUUGUUCUUCUGUCCCUGAAGUGGUGAAUCACUCCCACCUGCUAGAUGGACCCUUGUAUCCAGGUUUUCUCCCUCAGGGCUCAGGGCUGUGUCGGAGAAAGAGUUUUUGUUGAGUCACUUAACCACCGAGCCCACAUGCAGAGCAGCUGUGAAAGGGGAAGAUGUGUGCCAUCUGAGAGGGCCACAAAAUAUCACUAUCAUUUUCCUCAUUACAGAGGAGCACAGGCUAGCUUCAGCUGUUUUAGUUAUAUAGUCACCUAUUCAAUGAGCAAAUGUAAUUUAACUGAAGUCGUUUAAUAACUAAACCUUUAAAUAUCUGUUCUUAAAAAGAAUACAUGAAAGUUCUGCAAAACCCUCUCCCAAUCUGUCAAACGUCUAGAAGCACUCUCUUUUACGCAACACCACCAUCACUGGCCCAGAGUCUUUUCUGUGCUAGGUUGUAAAUAUAAAUGAAUUACUUGUUUUGUAAACUUUUGUAAAGAAUAUUUUGGUAGAAAUACUUAAAACAUAUUCUUUGGGUUAUAUUUAUACUUAUGUGAAAUAAAUAUACUAUCAAAAGGUUAUAUUUUAUACAAAAAGUAAAUUGUUACCUUUUGUAUGCUAAUAUACAAAGUUUUGUAUAAUAUGAUGGUUUAUUUUUAGCUCUACACUUAAUCCCUAGGUGGUCAAGUGGGAACUUUUAAAAACUAUCAAGAGGCUUGUUAGACAAAUCUAUAUUCUGAAACCUCAAUAAGAAAGCAUUCCAGGUUUCAAUCCUUUUUUUUUUUUUUUUUUUGCUCCGAAACUCUUUUUUAAACCCAUAGGUCUGUGUCUUAUUUUAUUAUUCUGCUGUGCACAUUGUAUCGGUCCUUGUUGCAUGUGGUCUACUGUGUGUUUUCCCUUUUUAUAGAACAGUGUUUCUCCAUGCAGAGAUGCAAGGAAAAGUUAUGUACAUAGAAACGCUUUUAUUUUACGGCUCCUCCAUGUUCCUGUAUAUAUCUGCCAGCACUUCCCAGUUACACUCCCUUGAUUCAGCUUAUUUUUGCCCUAACAUAAAUAGUAUGUUUUGUAGUAGCCAUCAAAUUUAAGAGAUAAAGCGAUCAGAAUGUUUGGAUCUUCUUCUAUCUUAAUGUGAAUUUUAUAAUUAAUGUCUAUUUAUUCAGCUAUUCAUUAAAAUACAGGAUUCUUUGGAAAACAUGAUGUAGUCUAUAGUUUCUGUUUGUUGGCAGCCUAGUACCAAAGAUGACGUAAUUUUCCUGAAAGCUGAGAUAAUGACAAUUUGAUAGACAUAUGUACCCAAAACUUUACAAUUUACAGCCUAAAAGCUAUUGGAAUACAAUCUCUCAUUUAUAGAAAUAUCGGACUACGUAAUUAUUGGCAUUGUUUCUCAUCCUGACAAUAUUAUAAAGGAGGUAGAAGCAAUUUUUCUUUUUUAAUUCAAAGGCUAGGAGGCAAUUUAAGCAAAUAAUUCAUCCUCGGCUGUGUGUUAAGCCCAAUGAAGAUAAAUAACUCUGCUCUCCAUGAAUGCACUAAUAUUACUUGCAUUACUGUAACUGUACCCAUAACUGUAAAGAUCUCAACUUGUAAAAUGAGUAUUUUGUAUUGCGUGUCAUUUUAUGUGUUAAAAAAUAGUUUUUAAACAUUCA